GAGAGAAACAGAGAGUCAGUGUGUGUGUGAGGGAGCGUGGAUGAGGGGGGGAAGAGAGCGAAGAGGGGCGCGACAGAGAAAGAGAGAGAGGGAGGAUGCCUGUUUGGAGCAGCAGGCAUCAAGGAGAGAGAGAGAUGGCAUAUUAGACCAUUACCAUGAGCAGAGCCCAGGGCCUCUGCUAAACAGCUUUUCCAUUUCUUAAUAAAACCAUAUUCCACCAAAUGUCUCCUGUCCCUUGCAGAGCCCUGCCAGCUGGUACCUUCACUCCUUCUGCAGCCUGUAGAAAGAAGAGAAGUUUAAUUUUUUUUAAGUGUUGAAAAGGGAUUUUUUUUAAAGUGAGGGCCAAAAGACAGAGAGUGGUGGUGGAGGAGGAAGGGGAGGGGCAGUGCUGAAAUCAGGGUAGCUGAAGCUUGGCCGCCUUUAAGAGGUCUGUGUACCUGGGGGGCUGCUUGAAUGCAAGCUAUUCUGAGCGCCUCCCAGCAAAGCAGCAACAGCUCAGCAGAUGUAGAUGUGUGCGGGUGUGCAUGCUUAACCCUUUCUUCGCUCCCUGGAUUUAUACCAUGCUGAAGAUCCUAACCAAAAAGCUCAGGGACCAGAGUUUGAAUGAGAUCCAGCCUUUCCAGCUAAAGAUCUCCUACCCCCCAAGUGAUGAGGAGGACAGCGAUGACUCUGAGGGAGAGAACCAGGAGCUUGCUCAGAUCGACAGAGAGAGAAGACGGAAUUGCACACUGACCCCUCUUGCGACCAAUCAGCUCCAGAACCAGGAGAAUCAAUGCUGUAAGGUCCGGGCCCUUUUCCAUGCUAGCUUGGAUCGUCACAGCUCGGAAGAGGAAUUGGAGCGCAUCAACCGAGAGUUUGCCACCGAGAAGCGGAAGUGGUCUCAGGUCAGCAGGCUUUCUUGCUGUGGUGACAGCAACAACACUUCCUCCAGUGACGAGGAAGUAAAGAACUUGUGUGGCAUGUCCUUCCGGCCCGUGGUGGAACAAGCCGAUGGUCUGCAUGCUAGCCCCAGCCCAGUGCUGUUCAGUGCCUCCCCUCCUAAGAGACUGCAGCCCUUGGUGCGGAACCCAACCUCCAGGCCUCUGAUAUUCACAAGUGUUGGGGCCGGCUUUGAGCAAGUCAUGCCUUGUAAGAGACACCGGCAAGGCUACGGGGACAAGGUCAGCAGACCCAGCCUUGACCUGGAAAAAAUGCAGCAGAAGAUGCUGCUCAAGAAGAACUGUGGUGCAAAAACAAGAGUUAUUAAAAUUCGCAGUGUGAACGGGAGCCGCCCACCAUCCCACUUGGUGUACGACCCAUCAACCUUUGCCUUCCGUUCCCUCAGCACCUUGAAGCCCCUGAGCCCAAUAGCUCCAGUUGAAGAACCGUCAUGUGCCUACUGAAGGAGUUUCUCCGAAACCUCAGGAAUUGUCGUACCACCCAUCCCCCUGGCAGUGAUGGGAUGGGAUAGGGGACCGGGGGGACAGGGACAUCUUUGCAAUAGCAAUCUCCGUGGCAGUGGAGAAACAGGUGGAUUUGCACCAGUGCCCAGUUUCACAUCAUUGGGAGUGAAAUGAGCAAGUCUGCUUCAUAAGCUACUGUGGAGCCAUGAAGACGGUGUCAGCCACACGGACAUGCCAGGUGUAUUUAGCCCUCCAGGGCUAGCAGGCAGUCACUGCGUAGAGGGCAGCGGUGGAGACCGGGCAGGUUGCUACCGCAUGCCCACCAGAACUGAAUAGAUUUCUCCCCAGAUGCUUUGCUGGAGGGCCAGCCGCUUCCCCCAAACUGAAGAGUUCUCAAGGCUGGAGGCAGAGGUUGCCUAGGGCGCCCUACAAAGAGAAUGGGGCCCUUCUGCAAGGUUGUUGAAAUGAUGCUCAUUUGAAGCCCUGCUACAGUUGAGGGACCCUGGGAAUUGGGGGGGGGGGGGGGAGUGUGAAUGUAGAGCCUGCAGGUGCCUACCCUGAUUAUUGUGCUGUUGGGGCAUUGAUCCAAUCUAAAGAUGGUUAAAAUGGGCAGGCAGAUAGCACCGGCGUUAAGGGAAUGCCCGUGUCCUCUCCUGGGCUUUGCAGUGGGAAAUCGAAGGUCUGUACUCAGCUGACCAUGGAUACAGUCAGACCUCCGCUUUCAUUCCUCAUGCUACAGGGCUCGAGUGACAAACCGAGUGGGGUGGGGCAUCCUUGGGGCCCCUUUCCACUGGGGCUGUGUGCACCUAGAGGUGUUGUGGGGUUUGGCAUCGGGUAUCUCCCUGUGACUGGGGACACCACACCACGUUCAGCAAAGUCCAACAUGCUCUCUGGGAAGCCUGCUGAGUCCUCAUUCCGCCAGUGCCUUGUAAACUGUGCUGUGGUGGAUGCUGAGUCUGGUCACACCAGCAGAGUAAAUUUUGACACGGGUAUGGCGGGUGGGAGCUCUCGUGGUCAAACCACAGCAAUUUCCAGAGGGUAGGCAUGUCACAGGCAUGUCACAAGGCCUUGUCACUAGUGAGACUUGAACCAGUUUUGAGAUCUCACUGGACAGCUGGGUGGUUUGUGCCAUGAAAGAUGCAGUUAACGUUGGGCUGCCCUUGUUUCACUUGGCUGAGCUGGGGAGGCUCCGUAUUCGGUGCACUCAGAUCCUAUGUCCCUGUCUGGUGCAGAAGCUCCUGUUCCCUGGAUGCUCCCCCGCUCUGAGUAAGCGUUCUGAGCCUUGGGCAGGUGCAAGGGGGCCUAUUCUGCAUCCUUUGCAGGGCUGCAGGAACUUCCUCUCCUUAACUGGAGCAUGAGGAGCUCAGUGGAGGAAUUGUGAGUUUCUGAAAAAUUUCCACGCGCUCUUGUGUGGAGCGCUCUUUGGUGCCCCAUAUAAAAUGAGCUGGUGGGCUCCCAGUCCCACUCUCCGUGGACAGCUCACAUGGCAAACCAGUACUAACUGGCCUCUUUGCUGGGAAUCUCAGCAGAGAGGCCAGCUGGACCACGGAGACUGAACUCCCCUUCCUUCCUUGCAGGUCCGAGUUGGGGCACGUUGGCAGGAGAGGUGGGGUGGUGGUAUUCGUGUCCUGAUGCUGCCCUUGCUGUGACUAGAGGAUUUCAGGACUGCAGAUAAAGCCCCUUUCACCAGCAUUAAAUAAAGGGCAUUGGCUUGAUUUAUUUUCUGGGUGCGUCUGUUGGGAAUGAAAGCUUUAGUGGCUACCGGCAGGGCGUGCUCAUUUCAAAACAGAUGUCACUCCUAGUUGAUCUUCCUCCUUGCAGGGGGAGGAGGAGUUUCUGUUUAUACCCUCUUCUGAUGAUGCACAUGAUCUUUAACUGCUGCCGGAUCAAGCUGGAGCAUUGCAUGGUGAGAGCUGUCAUCUCCUGAGGCCGCACCCCUCCAUAUUAAAGACGAGGGCAGCCAUAUCCUGGCUCCCUUUUCUGCAUAUUAGGUGUGGGCCUCAAACUGCAAGUGUGGCCCUCAGUUGGGCAAGGUUUGGGUGCCCCAAACUCUAAGGCUUCAGUCGGUGCUGCUGGAAUCAGACCCUGAUCGCCCAGCAAGGUGAGGUGUUUUUAUUGGCCCGAGGAGCUGCCGUGUGCUGCCAUCUCUUACGAUAUUCCACGAGGUGGAACUGGAGAACAGAGAGUUCCUGUCAAUAUCGUUGCCUUUCUUUAGUACUUUUGUAACUUUUCUCUCACUUUUCUUUUUCAAUCAGAAAAAAAAAUAAAGUUAAACGUUAACAGCUGCUA